UGGGGCCAAAAGUGCGCGCCACCAUGCCCGGCUCCUAUUUUGGGUUUCCGGUAGUGCUCUCGCUAUUGUGACCAGGCUGGUCUCGAACUACUGGGUUCAAGCAAUCCUCCCACCUCGGCCUCCCAAAGUACUGGGAUUACAGGCGCGAGCCACUCGCCCGGCCGGGUUCCACUUCUGAAAGCUUGGGGAGCCGCUGGGCCUUCCAGGAAAAGUGCUCCACCUCCCGACUGCAGGCAGAGCCCCCGGCCGGGCUAUCUUUCCAGGGCCGAAAGCUAACAUUCAGUCAAGACGCGAAAUGAGGAAUUCGGGUCAGGGUGGCAAAGCAAAGCGCGAUGACAGUGAGGACGACGUCUAGACGCAAACACACAUCAAAUCGGGCACCGGGCUAAACCUGGCACCCCGGGGAACGCGCGACUCCGGGACCAGACGCUCUCCGAGUCAAACUACAUCCCCCGGCGUGCACUGCAGCGCCCGCCCCUGGCCGGCCGGCGGGGCCCGGGAGGAAGGCGGCCGAGCUGCCCGUCCCUCAGGUCCCCUAGGGCCCUUUCUUUGCGGCCUUUCCCCACCCCGGACCGGGCACUUCUCGGGCUCUGUGACUGCCGUUCGCCCCGCUCGCUCCCUCAGGAGUCGCCUAAGCCGCGCAGUCUCCCGCCUUCCCGUCAGGCUUUCGCGCCGGCGCUCCCGCAAUCACGGGCUGGAGAGGGUGGGCGUUCCGGCUAGGGAGGACCCUGCCGCGGCCCCGGAAGAGCCUCGUCCUGGGCAGGGGUGGUGCGGCGGUCGCCGUUAUGGCCACGGGUCUGGGCGGCUGACCGCCGGGCUAGGAGAGGGCCCAGAGCCCCGAAUCUGGGUGGCCGCUGCUCCAGCGCUUCCUGCGCCAUGGCCGCCUCCGCCGCCUCCUCGGAGCAUUUCGAGAAGCUGCACGAGAUCUUCCGCGGCCUCCAUGAAGACCUACAAGGGGUGCCCGAGCGGUUGCUGGGGACUGCUGGGACCGAAGAGAAGAAGAAGUUGAUCAGGGAUUUUGAUGAAAAGCAACAGGAAGCAAAUGAAACGCUGGCAGAGAUGGAGGAGGAACUACGUUAUGCACCCCUGUCUUUCCGUAACCCCAUGAUGUCUAAGCUUCGAAACUACCGGAAGGACCUUGCUAAACUCCAUCGGGAGGUGAGAAGCACACCUUUGACAGCCACACCUGGAGGCCGAGGAGACAUGAAAUAUGGCAUAUAUGCUCUAGAGAAUGAGCAUAUGAAUCGGCUACAGUCUCAAAGGGCAAUGCUUCUGCAAGGCACUGAAAGCCUGAACCGGGCCACCCAAAGUAUUGAACGUUCUCAUCGCAUUGCCACGGAGACUGAUCAGAUUGGCUCAGAAAUCAUAGAAGAGCUGGGGGAACAACGAGACCAGUUAGAACGCACCAAGAGUAGACUGGUAAACACAAGUGAAAACUUGAGCAAAAGUCGAAAGAUUCUCCGUUCAAUGUCCAGAAAAGUGACAACCAACAAGCUGCUGCUUUCCAUUAUCAUCUUACUGGAGCUCGCCAUCCUGGGAGGCCUGGUUUACUACAAAUUCUUUCGCAACCAUUGAACUUCUAUAGGGAAGGGUUUGUGGACCAGAACUUUGACCUUGUGAAUGCAUGAUGUUAGGGAUGUGGAUAGAAUAAACAUAUUGCUGCUGUGGGCUAACAGUUCAGGUAUGCACUGGGUAGCCAAACUGUGGGAGGAGGGAGGAAAAAUGGAAAACCACUUAAAUGUGAAGGAACAGCAACAAGACCAGUAUGAUAUACCAAGGUAAUAAAUGCUGUUUAUGACUUCUUUAAAUUUACAUAGUACUGUAGCAUAUUAAUACCCUGUGAACUGCAAAAAGCCAAAUACAUUUACAGUAGUAUUGGUCACCAAAAUAGAGGGGAAACUUUACAAUUGUGAGAAUGUGUAAAUGUUCUUACACAUUAGACACCUGGCUAAUUAAGGCAGUAUUGACCCAGACAACCAUUUUGUAUCUGUCUGUCCCCUCAAUGCCUCAUAAUUCUGGAAUGCCCGUUGUGAAACAUGUUAGUGCAUAGUAUAUCCUAAAUUCUCACACGUGCUUGAUUUUCUGAUUCAUCUGGUGAACUGGGAGUAGGAAGUUGGCCAUAGACAAUAUGCCCUCCUUCUCUUGUCUGACCAAAACUUGAAGCAAUCACAUCCACUGCCAGGUUAGCUGUAGUCUUCGCCUCUUCCUCUGAGGUGGCCAACUGAGGAUUGACUUCAACAAGAUCCAGUGCCGACAGCAACCCUGGAAGAACAAAGUGUGACAAAACCUCAAAUUCCCUUGCUACUACUCUCAGUGAGGGUCAUCCCACUGGGACAGGGAGAACAAGCCAAGGUAAAAACAAGAGUCCCUUUUGUAGUAGAAAAUACCUAUUUUCAGGAAGCCCCUUGCACCUCAUCCUCUUGGCCAUGAAUUUAAGUUAAAACACUGUUAUGCUCCAGUAGAUUAAAAGAAACCUUUAAGAUAACUAAAUAAACCAUUCUUGUUCAACUAACAUAAUAGGCAUAAUUGUCAGGCCUUCUGGAAAAGGAAAAGGCUUGGUGUUGGGUGGGGGAGGUUUUCAUCCUGCUUGUUGGCAAAAUGUAUACCAUCUCCAGUAUGACUAGGAACCUUCCAGAUGCCUGCCUGGAAAUGAAUCAAGUAUGAAGGCAGAGGAAAUCUCCCACUUUCACUAGCUAAACUCCAUUCCCACUUUUGAACUCUAAUGUGUUUUCUGUAUCUGUUAGAGCACCACACCAUAUGCGCUGAAAUGUAGUUAUUACUGCAAGCUUCAUUCUCACCCCUGCAGGCCUGAGCUCUGGAGGCAGGUUCCACAUCUAACACAUCUUUUGUCUCCCAGCAGACUGACCCAGUAUCUUCUACUUGAUCAAGAGAAGAUUCAGCCAUAUGUUAGUUAUUUUAUUUGGACUCCAGUUACCUUCUGUUAAGGUUUGAGAACUUCUGUCAAAGUUCUCAGUACUGUUCCUUUGGCCUGGAGCAAGUGGAAGGGAAGCUUAAACCAGAAGAACCUAUCCAGACCUGCUAACAUGCUCACCCCUCUAAAUGCCUCAUUGCUCUGUAGAAUUUAACUUUUUAGUUGGUUAUUCUGGAUGAAGCGUGAUCUGAACAAGCUAGUAUUCAGGAAUACAAGUAUCUGAGAAUAUUCAGGGUGGCCAUAAAGUCUGGAAACACAGGCGAAUGUACCUAAUGGUUUAUUGAUAUUACACUAUAGUACAUGAUGUGCUCAAUGCCAUAUGUCCAUUCAGCAUCUUCCCUUAUUAGCAAUGUGUAGUUGAGUGUAUGGUGCCAAACUGCAACCAACAGGUAUAUUACUGUAGCAUUUCCAUCAUUUCCUGCACAUAGACCUGUGUUCCUGAUUUGUCUCUUGAUUUCCACUGACUAAACCUGCACCUUUAGCAUAUCUUAGAAGUGGUAAUCAAGGUUUGCAGUAUUAGAAAUACAUGCAUGACUUAUGUUUCCAGACUAUUGUCACCCUUUAAGCAAACUGCUUUAGGUAUCCAGUUGACAGCAUUAUAACAGUGCAGUGGCACAGUCAUGGCUAACUGCAAACUCAACCUCCCAAGUAGUUGGGACACCUGGCUAAUUAUUUUUUUUAGAAACAGGGUCUCACUAUGUUGCCCAGGCUGGUCUUGAACCCCUGGGGUCAAGUAAUCCUCCUGCCUUGGCCUCCCAGAGUACUGGGAUUAUAGGUAUGAACCACUGUGCCUAGCCCCAUGAGUGUCUUUUGGAAUAAAAUAUUGUAGCAUGGGAACAAAGAGACAAGUCAUGGCCGCUGCCACAUAUAAGUGCUAGAGGUUAUAACCCCUGCUCUAAAGUGGUGUUUUUAGGAAGCAAAGCAGAGAAUUGAACUCCCAGGUUCUCUGACCAAUAACCUGAGGACCACUGGCAACAUCUAAGAUUGCAGAUCUGAGAAUUAGACCAGUACUACCUGCCUUUCUGUACUGCCUAAGGUUCUAGCAGGCUGUGGCACUAAGGAGACCAUUUCUCAAUGUCAGUUUCUAUCCCAUCUAGUCAGGGGUUCUCUAUGGCCCUGAACCUUUCAAUCUGGGGUCUCUAUCCAUACCUUAGUUCCAUCACAUGGUUACUGAAGCAGUAUGAUUUGGUAGUUCUUUAAAUUUUGGAAUGAAAGGUCAUUUGAAGUAGCUUUAAAACCAGAAGCUUUCUGACAGAAAUGGAAACUGUUUGCAAACAAGUAUGAGUUUUGGAAAAGUAGCCAGUCUUGAUAACGUACAAUUCAUCUUAGUACUCUUUCCAUCAAUCAUUCUCAUCUAACUGUAUCCCCCUUAUUAGAGAUCCUAUCAGGCUCUAAUACAAGACCUACCCUACAUAAAGGACCCAAGAUAUUGUCCAAUUUGCAGAUUUCUUCAAGAGAUCAGCUUUAACUCCAAAUUCACAACUCCCAGUGAACCAACCUCUUAGAGUGUAAAUUACAGUCUUGGUCUUGCCUUCUUAUCUUAAUCUGCCUUUAGAUAACUCAGACACAAAGAACUGCAUCAGUUUGACAAUUUAUUCUUGUAUUUAGUUGUUUAAAUAUACAGUUUUUUACUCAUUAUUGCCUUAGUGUAAUUUGGCAAGAGCCAUGUCCAAGCAUGACUCUAAAGUAGUCCUUUUUUAUUAGCAUGGCCAUAUAAUUUUUAGCUACAAAAGUUCAAGCAAAAACAAACUCUGCAAUGAUGUGGAAUAUCAGAAAGAUCCUUUGCAGGCAAGAGACUCUAGCAUAUUUACCUAUUUUGUUAACAGGCUGCAGACCUGGUUGCUACAUACCUGUAUUGUGUAUUUCCUCAGCAAUAUACAUGCCUUCUCGAUAGGUUAGUCCCCCUACAACAGGAGUUCCUGUGGCUGGAGCUAGUGUAGGGUCAAAUGCAUCAAUAUCAAAACUCAGAUGGAUUGGUCUUUGUCUCCUAGAAAGGAAGAAGAUAAAAUAAUAUUUAACUGGUUGUGCUUAGACACUCAUCCUUCUCAUGGUUGCAACUCCUUGAUUUUGCUAUUUGUCCUGGUACUUUGUUAAUAAAGCUGUUAAUACAUUUCCAGGCUUUCUAUUCUUGGAAGUUACUGAGAUUGGCAAUGUUAACUUCCUACCUACCACUUCAUGAUACUGCCAUUUGUUCUGCAUGCCUCAGACAGACUAAUGUAUAUAUUUCUGCCUUACCCUGGGUAUUAGAACCUCUUACACUAAUAACUGUCAAUAGAGGGAUUUCUUCAUUUCUAGAUGAGAUUGGGCUCUAAUACAGUUUAAUUUAAAUUGGCUUGAUGUAGGUUAUGGCUGCUCUUAUUCUGUGAACCUAACAGCAGCUGAAGUGAACUCUAAUUUUAGGUCUGCAGUUUUAACAUCUUCCAUUUCUAACUUCAUUAGCCCCAAGUGUCCAAAGGCUGAAGCUAACAACUAAGUUUCUUAACAGCUUACGAAAUGACAUACUACCAGAUAACAAUUCCGACAUUAAUCACCCAGAAGUAAAUACUUGGUAUUGGGAAAAUGCUCUUAAAACUGCCGUUUGAUUAGUAUUCAUCUGCCAUCUUUCUACACUGCCAAGAUUUGCUUAACAUAAAACUCAUAUGAAACAAUCGUGAGACUGGAAAGAAUGGGACAGUUGAAACAAUAAAUCCUUGUCAUCUCAGAAUAUAAGCAUUAAAGAUGGAGAUCAAGAAAAAUUCAUGAGACAGAAGAUCUAGGCAAUGAUUUAGAGGAAGCCUCCUCCCAAAAACCCCAGAGGAAGAAUAUGACCUGUGUUUCAUAUUUUGCCUUUCUGAACUAUUUAAAAUUAUGUUUUUGCUUUUUAUUUUAAAAGUAAAGCUGCUGUCCUCAAGAAACAGGCUAAAGUGUGUUGCCCACUGGGGGUUUGCCCUGACAUCAGUUAUAGUUACUUACUUGCCAAUCAGCAGAUCAAAUGUUUGUUCCAUGACCUUCUGGAUACCAAGUCGAUCAAUAUCUCUCAUGGAAAAAUACUGGAUAUCAUAGUUCUUUAAAAUAAAACUGUGAUGAGA